ACACACACACACACUCACACACACACACUCACUGCCCUUAGGGCUGACAGUAUCUGUCCUUAAGAAACAUAUCUAGAUUUGUGUGGUUUAGUUAGUGUCUGUGUAUGUGUGUGUGUGUCAGGCAGGAAUGAGGUGAGGAGUUUAUUCACAGUACCUAUGUCAGAGUCGUUCUGUCAGACAGAUGAUUAAGUGCUUUAAGCCCGGAUCAGAUAUCCAUCCUGUUUAAGAGAGCUCUCUCUGGGUCAUUCAUACAGACCUACAGGAAAGAGCGCAGCUGGGUGAAGGCAGGAGCUCUGCACAUUUCCACACAGAUGUGUUAUGGUGAGAACGUGAUGGUGGCGCAUUGAGGAAGCAAGAUCAAGAAGAGAAGAUAGAGAUAUAUUUCGGAGGAAGUGUUUGAGCUGUAGACCGAAGUGAUGUUGGCCCCUGAACAGGACCUGCUGAGCUCUUCUAAACCCAUCAAAUACGGAGAGCUCAUCAUCCUUGGCUACAAUGGCUCCCUACCGAAUGGAGAACGGGACAGAAGAAGGAGUCGUUUCGCUCUGUUUAAGCGACCCAAAGCCAAUGGAGUCAAACCCAGCACCGUCCACAGCACAUGCAGUCCACAGACCGCCAAGGCCAUCAGCAACAAAAACCAGCACAGCGUGUCGUAUACUCUGUCCAGGGCGCAGACGGUAGUCGUAGAGUACACGCACGACAGCACCACCGACAUGUUUCAGAUCGGCCGGUCCACUGAAAGCCCCAUUGAUUUCUUGGUGAUGGACACGCUGCCUGGUUCUCACGGCAAAAGCGACACGCUGUCGUCUCAGAGCACUAUAUCGCGAUUCGCGUGUCGGAUCGUGUGUCAGAGAGCCCCGCCCUACACCGCGCGCAUCUACGCCGCUGGCUUCGACUCGUCCAAAAGCAUCUUCCUGGGGGAGAAAGCGGCGAAAUGGUGGUGUGCUGACAGCCAGAUGGACGGCCUGACCACCAACGGUAUAUUAGUGAUGCGACCGCGGCACGGCUUCACCUGCGAGUCCAAACCGGGCGCCUGGAGAGAGAUCUCAGUCUGUGGAAACGUCUUCACGCUCCGAGAGACCCGCUCUGCUCAGAAACCCGGCAAACUGGUUGAGAAUGAGUCUCACGAGCUAGUGGACGGCACUUUAAUCGAUCUGUGCGGCGCGACUCUGCUGUGGCGCUCGGCGGAGGGUCUGUCCUGCACGCCGACCCCCAAACACCUGGAGGUGCUGCGGCGGGAGCUGAACGCGGCUCGGCCGCAGUGUCCUGUGGGCCUCCACACCUUGGCCUUCCCCAGCCUGGACCGCUCCUUCACCGGCUCCACCCACGACGACCAGCCCUGGGCCUACCUGCACUGCGGACACGUGCACGGAUACCACGGCUGGAGGGGCCGCCGCCGGCUCACCAAAGAGGGCUCCACCGAGGAAGACGAAGAGGAGCUGGAACAGGAGCCGCUGUGCGAGGGGGAGCGUGAGUGUCCGCUGUGCCGCACACGCAGCCUGUACGUGCCGCUGAAGCUGGGCCGAGAGUCGGGCUUCUGUCUAGACAGCGCUCCUCCGACGCACGCGUUCAACCCCUGCGGACACGUGUGCUCAGAGCGGACCGCCGCCUUCUGGAGCAAACUGGUGCUGCCUCACGGAGCUCACGGCUUCUUCCCCGCCUGUCCCUUCUGUAUGCGGCCGCUCGCCCGCCACAGGAAGUGUGUGAGGCUGAUCUUUCAGGGGCUGCUGGACUGAAAGUGUGUGUCUGUGUGUGUUUAAGACUCCUCUACUAAACUGCUAUCCUGCUCUGAGUUUCCCUCAAAUCAUCUGUUCUCUGCACUGCCGUCUGACUGAUGCUGCUCGCCGUAUGUUUACUGUUUGAAAGCCACUGCGUUUGAGCUGUCCUGCUCAUGCCUUAACAAUAACCACCAUUCAUGCUGUUAAUAAUGUUAGGAAUCUGUACGAACACACUUCAGUGGGUGUGUCAACCUGUUUCUCAAUUGCUUUCCUUUCAUUUGUGCUUGUUACAAACUGCCAUAGAUCAUCACCCUGAAAAAUACCAACGAUUUUCAUCAACCAUGAGUCUGAAAUGAGGUUAUUGUUAUAUUAUAUUAUUAUGUAUGUGUAAUAUUAAAACUCUGCUGUUGUUGCAUUUUCUCUGAAAUGUUUUUGUAUCGUUCUUAAAGAAUAAAGUUAUUGAUCAUAUUUGAAUAAAUCAUGCAGCACUU